UCACUUUGUCAGUGUAAUGGCUAAUGAAGGCAAAAGCAAGUUUAACAAAAUGUAGACAAAUGUAGACCACUGAUUUCACAAACUGUUUGCUUUUGAAAUUUGGACUAUUUAUAGCUAAACAGUCGCUAGAGGGUGCAAACUGCACAGAGUACAUUUAUGAAUUGGAUGCUUUAUUCUCUGAUGCUGGGCGGUACUAGCAGUUGAAAUCGGAUGUAAGCUAGUUGGCAGUUGCCUGAAGAUUCAAAAGGAUGGUUUAACUCUAUUGUCUCUGCUUAGGAAGGAAAAAGACGGUCUAAUGGACUCCAACAGUGAAGACGGAGAGUAUCAAAAUCUUAGACAGGAUGCAGCCCAGUACAGAGUGACCUAUCCUCAUGGGAGCACCACAAAAGAUGUGAGCUGGAUGACACAUCAUCAGAGCGGGGUGGAUUAUGAUAAAAAUGAGGAUUUCAACAAAAAGAGGUACCCGGUGAGUCGCUCCGGCAACAACCCUGGCAGAGUGAAGCGAGUAGUGUCAUGUAAGAGGAAGACUCAUCAUCUGACAGUGACCCGAAGGAAGCAGAUCGGGACGGGGAAGACUUAUGAUGCCGCAAACAAGGAGAAUGAGAUGAACUGCAUGCAGGAUGUGCAACAGGAGAUAUUUGACAUGGACCCUUGGGAGUUCCCUCGAAAUGUCAACAAUAACCACAAAACUGGUAAAACUGGUUCUGAAGCCGACUACUGUACACUCACUGAGCUAACAAGGGAUCAUAGCACAAUGACUGAUGUGCUCUUUGGAAGAAAUCUGAGACUGAAAGUGUCUUUAACGUUGUGGCAGAGAAAUUUUGGAGAGCUGUUGACAUACUUUCUAAGAAUCCAAGACAUUGGUGUCUUUGUUGAUUUCCUCCCACUGAUAAGCAAAAGCAUUGAUGAGAAUUCCCCCAAAGUCACCAUUGGCUGCUGUGUUGACCUCUUUCCUUUAGUUAAGAAAGUCCUCACAAAUCCAUAUGAAGAGUAUCUUAUAGUGGGUUUAAAGUGGAUCCAUUCAGUUUUGAAAAAAUGGUGGGACGAACUAAGAACAAGUGGCUAUUGUGGCUCAACAGAACUUCUGAUGGAUAAAAAUUUCCAGGCAUUUAAUCAGCAGUUAUUGGAGUUAUGGUAUCAGGCACCUUUACUGAAAUCUGCUCCAGGAACUGCUGGGGACAUGGCAAAGGUCAUUGACUCCUUCCUAUCUCAGCUUACCUGAUGGCAACAAAGAAGCAGAUAACAGAUAUUUCUCUGGUAGCAGCUUCUAAAAAACUAAACAAAAAUCCAGAGUAAAAUCUCUACAUUGGAGCUGCUGUUGUUUCCACAGAGAAGUACCUUUUAGCUUGUACUGUAGCUGUUCUAAGGGGAUGUCUGUAGAGCAUAAUGUAGCCUAUUUAUUGGCUGGGAGAUGAACUUGAACAGUCGAAUUGAGUAACUGAACUGAGAAUGUGCAAUAUAAAUUUAAAUCAUGUGGCAAAUUUGACUUGUCUCUUAAUUGGCAAAGUAGGAUGUUGUAUUUAUGAUCACCAAGAGGAGUUUUAUCAUUUUGCAUAUUUAGCUCAAAAACUGUAAAAAUAAAAAAGUAAAUAAAUAAAUGCAAGAGUUUUA